CCAUCUCCAUCCGCAUCACUAUCUGAGUCAGUAACGCGGUGCCGGUGGUGUCUCUCUCACAUUCCUUCCUUCAUCCAAUUCAUUCACACAAAAUCAAAUCGGAGAAAAACAACAACGAUGAAGCUCAAACCGACGCAAAAACAACCGCAACCAAAAUAAUAAAUACUAAUAAUAAAUUCACAUUUUCUAUUAGAUCUUUUAUUGAUUGUGUGUGAUUUAAAUCUAAAUCCCAACCUAUAGAAAUGAAGGAUGAUGAUGCGCUUCCAACUUCAACAACAAGUAUUAUAAAAAAAGAAAACACGAUCGAUUCAGGUUUGUUUGGUAAAGGUCGUUACAAAUUUUGGGCAUUAGCUGCUAUUUUGCUUCUCGCUUUUUGGUCCAUGUUUACUGGUACCGUUUCUCUUCGUUGGUCUGGUAAUCUUAAUUCCUUAACAACUGAUAUGGAUACUCCAAUUCACGAUGACCUCGAUGUUCUCGAAAUGGAGGAGAGGGAGAAAGUGGUGAGACAUAUGUGGGAUGUGUAUACAAACAGUCGUAGGAUCAGGUUACCGAGGUUUUGGCAAGAGGCAUUUGAGGCUGCUUAUGAAGAAUUGACGAGUGAUGUUCCUGGUGUUAGAGAUGAUGCUAUUACUGAGAUCGCUAAGAUGUCUGUUCGUUCUGUUAAUUUUGAUCCACCUCCUAUUCAAUCCGCGAGAACACAGGAAUUUAGUAAAAACCUUAAGCAAGCUGAGAAAGGCAAAGAAACAAUAACCUCUCGGCGUGCUUAAAGACUAUUGUAGGGAGCAGUCAAAGGUCUGGCUUGUACUUGAAAGUGCUAUCAAAGGAUUGCGAAGAAGAAACAGUGAACGAAGCCCUGCUCGGAUUUUUAUGCUUCCAUAAGCGAGAUGAUUAUGUAUUUUAAUAGGUUCUUUCAAGUUUUGCAGUCAAGUUCAAAAUCAGUAGUAGUAAAUUAAAAUCACGUUUUUCGUCAGACAAAUUCAACUGACUAUAUUUUCUUGUAGACACAGCAACUAUGCUAAAUGCACAAGUUUAUUUAAUUA